UUCUCCCACACUUUAAUUCUCGUGGAAUACGUGUCGUAUACUUUUCAUUGACUGUGCUACGAACACUCACUUCCGACUACGGAAUUAUGACUGUCUACAAUCUUCUGGUCAACCCAACCCUCCUCUGAGUAAACUCAGUAAACUCCAAAGGACAUGCCUGUGUAUUCAUUAUUGAUAGAUAUGGGUGGGCAUGCCAGCGGGCUGACCUUGGGAGAUUAAACAUUUGUUGUUAGAGCACUAAACUAAACAAUUUCACGAGACUUUCGAAACGAACAACAAGUAAUUAAUCAUGACACUGCUUCCAAUCGAUCAACAUACAUUAUCAACCUUUGACUGCCUCAGCCAAAAGAAGAACUUUCGUGUGAGUCUAAAGCAAGGUCAGUAAACAAACUAAGCACAUCUACUGAGAAGACAAUUCAUCACACGAGCUUUAGAUUUUGAAAAAGAGCUGUGUAAACUAUGUCAAUGAACGUGGAAAUCAGACAAGACAGUCGCAAUUCGGAAACUCAUCACGAAAGCCAAUCCUAAAUAACUUAGGAACUCGAAUUUAAACUGUAACAACAUUCUAAUGAAAAACGAAUGACUAAAUCAUACUGAAAUGACAACUAACUGACCAACUUAACUAGCUAAAUAAUUCGUAAAAGUUAUUACAGUCACAGGCCGAAAGCUAACUGUGGAAGGCCACCCGUUUAAUCAAAUCAACUCUAUAGUAGAGAAUACCUAAGGCCCACGGCUUGGGUUAAACCGUGGUUUGGGUAAGACAUCCCUAACUAAUCGGCCUUAAGAAUCUGGGCUCCAUUUCCCAUCUCCGCCUGAUUUCGGCCCUUCUGUCUUGUUAAAGAGUGAAAUAUUCUUCAUCAUCAUCAUCAUCAUCAUCAUCAUAGUUUAUUUAAUAAAGCAGGUUGAGGGAUAGGCAAGACAUUACGUCCUGAUGUGGACCUGCAUCAACUAAACUAUCAAUUAAUAAAUACCUAAUUAGUGAAUAGACCGAAAAUGGUAUGUAAAUAAUGACAAUUAAAGGAAAUAAAUAUUAAUCUGACCACCGUUUCCAACUGUUUCCAGUGAAUCAGAAGGUUAUUGGAUUUGUGUUAUGAUUUAGGAUGUAGUACAUGCUGUGGGGUUUCAGUUCCUUUGCGUGAUUUUGGAUCUGGAGCGGGGGUCUGGGGUGACCGUCCUUAUAACUCGAUUUUUCGCGGAAAAGAAGGAACUCAUUAAAAUUCAACUUUGCUUGCAUAAAUAAUUUUGCAGACGACCGAAACGUAAUUAUAAGCGGGCAAACACAUCGUAACAACUAUAGUUUCGUCUUUACCUUAGGGGUGCCUGCGACCAUAGACCCAUAGCAAAAGUAUAGCGGAUCAGACAACAUGGAAAGAGCGGAGGUUGAUAUUUUUCAUCUCAAUCGUCUACAAUCUUUUAACGACGCUGUUUUCGCCAUAGUUGCCACCAUCUUAGUUCUGCCGGUGCGAAAACUCGAAGAAGCAGGGGCCUUGGAACACGUCAGCUUGGAAGAACAACUCGAACAUAAAUGGCCUCAGCUUGUGAUCUACAUUGUUGGUUUUCUCAUGAUCUGCGCUGUAUGGGAGUCCCAUGUCCUUCGCUUCCGAAUCCUGUCACGGGUGGAUGAUUUCUUGAUUUGGUUUAACCUUACUUCGCUCCUCUUCACAUCGUGCCUUCCGUUUACAUGUGCUUUAGAAGGAACGUUCACAAGCAAGGGAGCACCUAUGGCGUUGGUAUGCGGAAAUCUCAUUAUUUUGGAAAUCUUGGAGGUGAUCAUGAUAGUGUAUGCUUUCCGCCAGCCACGUUUGCUGGACCAAGAGUUCGACACUCUCACCCGAGAUGAAAUGAAGCAAAGAAUGAAGAUUAUGCUCGUGAAGAAAGUCGUCAUAGCAAGCCUUUACUUGUUAGCUGGUCUCCUCAGCUUUGCACAGAAGCCCCUGGCGCUUGUAAUAGCAGCUUUUGUCGCUGUGUCCCCUUGGAUCAAUCGUCUUGUCGGUAUCGCUUAUCGCAAAUGGUCGCGUAUUACUCUGACUGACUCGGAAUUCGAUCGCAUGUUCGGAAAUUUCAUCGACAAGGAGAGAGUGGAGUUCUUUAGUGACGGAGUAUUCGCGAUCGUGUCUACGUUGCUGAUUCUGGAUGUUACAGUCGAAGAUUUCCCGACGGAAGCCGAAGUAAACAACCAUGGUUUUCAGUAUACGUUGCAAAGCGUAAAGCCGGACAUUUCCACGUAUGCAGUCACAUUUAUAGUUGUCGCUCUUUUAUGGUUCACGCACCAUUCGCUCUUCAGCUACAUCCAGACUUUGAACCAAAUAAUGCUGGUUAUUAACAAUUUCUCUUUGGCCUUUCUUGGGCUUUUUCCCCUGAUCAACGCUACACUGGAUCGUUAUGCCGGGAGCGGCAAGCCAGAUAGUCGCCUCGCUCUCCAAGCGGCUGCUUUAAUCGUCUUCAUGGCCGGCAUAUCCCAAGGAAUAGUGUUUAUAAUCGCAAUAAGUAAAGGUCCGACUCAACAGGAAUUGCAAGAAAAUCCGCGGGAGGAUCCUCGUUCGGGGUGUACGGCACACUCGUACCUCGCCUUCAAGCUGGCAACUAUUCCUCUGAUGACCUUACUGGUGUAUUUUUGGGCAACAUUUGGCCCUAACACAUCCUUUUCAGUCGAUGUUUAUUACAUAGCUGGUGGAUUAACCCCUGUUCUUUUCAUUUUGUUAAAGCUCGCGUUGUCAUGUUGCCAAAGGGUUCACUAUCACCGCUCAUUGGAUAUUCGGGCAGAAAACUGGACAUUGGUGACUCAUGAAAACGAAUCGGAUGACUUGCCUAGAUUGGUUUAGAGCCUUAAACAGAAGCCUGCAAGAAAGUCUCUUAUUCGAAAAUUGCAUGAUAGUAGGUGAUUACUUCCGUUGUGAUCUCAUCCGUGACCUGUCACGCGUUAUCACUCUGUUCUGGCGUGACUCACCACGCGUGAUUUAUUUUCAGUUUAGUUAUAAAAUUACUUUUGGAAUUGAUCUGCCGACUACAAAGAUUAACUUAACUUUCUAGAAUUGUCGUUAUCUAUGUUCAACAUUGACUUUGGAUACCGCCAUUUUGAAUCUUGCCCAGCAGCCUGGCCGCGCCGCUGACGAAAGCUAGUCUCUCUCUUUCUUUCUACGAGGACACGAUACUCUGUUUUAACAAUUAGGAGCUACACAAAAAGGCAUUCUCGACCGAAAUUAAUAUUUUCCUUCCAGCGAUAACCAGGGAAGUAGUUGUUACUGAGAACAGUCCGUUGAAGGUGUCGUCGGAAACCGUAGACUUAACAAUUGGUUCAUGCUUUAGCGUGCACUAUCGAGUUAUGGAGCACGCGGGAAGUUUCGAGAGCA